UGGCCGCCUGACUAUGAUCAUCUACAAGUUGACCAUCUUUCAGAUCACCAGCCAUCAGACUUAGGUCUAUAUUCUAUUCUUGACCAGCUGAUCCAGGAGCAUUAUACUCCUUCUCAGGAGUCAACUAUGGCUAACACUUUUGAUUUUUCUUGUGCUUUUAUUGGUUUUUUUAUGCAAGACAACAUUCUUACGCCGAUUACAAAAGGAGGCUUAAGAUCUCUAGGUGUUUCUCUAUCGAUUUAUUUAGAUGAUUUUAUAGUUCCCUCUCCUUCACAUCAUAUGAUCUUGAUGUUGAGCUUAUCCAAUUUUCCUAAUGCACUAUAUAAAGAUGAUUCUAAGUGGAUUCUUAGGGUUAAUAAACAGUUAGAAUAUGAACAUUUGAAGAGUAAUGAGGUUGUUGUGAAAGAUCUUGUGACUCUAAAAGAAAGAUAG